ACCAAGCUUCGCUCUUCUCCUCUUCUUCUCCAUUUCUCAAUCUUUUCUUUUAUUUCCAUCCACCUCCCCUUCUCCACCAUGCAGGCUCUUUUACCACCUAAUAAGCCCUACAUUCGGGUCGCCCCGACCCGCCUCCCCGUCCAAUGUGCCUACCGCUCCGACUCCCUCAACUUCCACAACUCCGUCGGCUCUAGCCGAUCCGACUGGCAGAGCUCCUGCGCCAUUCUCGCCAGCAAGGUCGUCUCCUCCAAGCACCAGCACUCCGAAAAACCCGGAAGCUCCGACAACCACGUCGCCGCCGUCAACGGCCACAAGACCUCCGUUGACCUCGACCUCGUCCCCAUCGAGAAGCUCUCCCCCUCCUCCGAUGACAAGCCCGCGUCCCCUCCUCCCAAGGCCCUCACCAUCACCGACCUCUCCCCGGCCCCCAUGCACGGCGCUCAGCUCCGCGUCGCUUACCAGGGCGUCCCCGGCGCGUACUCCGAAGCCGCCGCCGGGAAAGCCUACCCGAACUGCGAGGCCAUUCCCUGCGACCAGUUCGAAGUGGCUUUCCAGGCCGUGGAGCUCUGGAUCGCCGACCGGGCUGUUUUGCCGAUUGAAAACUCCCUCGGCGGCUCAAUCCACCGGAAUUACGACCUCCUCCUCCGUCACCGCCUCCACAUCGUCGGCGAGGUCCAGCUACCCGUCCACCACUGCCUGUUGGCUCUCCCGGGGGUCCGGAAAGACUACUUGACCCGAGUCAUCUCCCACCCCCAGGCCCUGGCCCAGUGCGAGCUCACUUUAACCAAGCUCGGCCUCAACGUCGCUCGCGAGGCCGUCGACGACACCGCCGGCGCCGCCGAGUUCAUCGCCGCGAACAACCUCCGCGACACGGCGGCGAUAGCCAGCGCACGCGCCGCGGAUCUCUACGGGCUGAACAUACUGGCCGACGGGAUCCAGGACGACUCGAGCAACGUGACCCGGUUCGUGAUGCUGGCCCGGGAGCCCAUCAUUCCCCGGACGGACCGGCCCUUCAAGACGAGCAUCGUCUUCGCGCACGACAAAGGCACGUCGGUGCUGUUCAAGGUCCUAUCGGCGUUCGCGUUCCGGAACAUCAGCCUGACCAAGAUCGAGUCGCGGCCGCAUCGCAACCGUCCGAUCAGGCUCGUCAGCGAUUCCAACGAAGGGACGGCGAAGCACUUCGAGUACCUGUUUUACGUGGACUUCGAUGCGUCCAUGGCGGAGGUGAGGGCUCAGAACGCGUUGGCGGAGGUGCAGGAGUUCACGUCUUUCUUGAGGGUGCUUGGGAGCUACCCCAUGGAUAUGACCCCUUGGUGUCCUUCGCGGGGUGACUAGCUGUUAUUUCUUUCUUUAUUAGGCCCCUCUCCGCAAAUUAUUACCAUACUCAAAGACCAAUGGGAAAAUUAAUUUCGAUUUUCUCAUUCACUUUCUUUACUUUUUUUUAAUAUUUAUUUUUCCUUUUUUUAUUUUAAUGGACUCUCACAUCCAUAAAAUCCGAAAAUCCACCACUAAAGGAAAAGGAAUUUGUUGUUGGGUAAAUAUAUUUAUUUGGAGUACAUUUUUUAGUGGAAAGAAAUUGUGGGUGUUGCUUUACCUGUAAGAAAUGUAAAUAAUCAAGUCUGCAUAUUGAGAUCAUUUUGACC